AUGCUUGAAGAAAAUCCUCGUCACUCUCGGAUACACUCAACUUCACGUCGCAAUCAGAAAUCGCUUACACCCAUAGCAGGCUCAGCAGCUAGGAUUCAUUCAACACCGCAAGCUCUGUCUUCCUCCUUCCGCCGCAAACGCUUGAAAAUCCAGCUCGCUUGCAGCAAUAAAGCUUGUCAGAAACGGGGUGUUCUAGCCACAUGCAUCUACAAGCGUCCUCAUUCCGAUUUGCAAAGAGAUGGUGACCGCGAGGAAUUGUUAACUCGACAGGGCUACAAUGAAGGCCUUACUCGCUCAGUAACCGCUCGCGAGUGUCGAUUGCCUGGCCAAGGCCUCUCCCCUCCUGCGUCUUCAACCAUAUUCCAGAACGCACCCAGUUCCACGUUCACCGAAAGUCAUGGUCAGCAUUCAGAAGAUGGUCUGGCUACCACCUCCUCCCCUGACGACACCGAUACGCUAUAUGGUGGCUCCUCAACGAUUGCAUUUGUACGACAUGUUAGUCACGGCCUCCAAGAUCAACCUACAUCAACAGGAAUCUCCAACCAUGUUCAACUAGGCCAGUCUGGAUCUGGACACGCACCAACCAGGCAUCUCACGAACUCCUCGGAAGUGGUUCGCGACAAAGAUGACAGUGCUGCCGUUUAUCCUCGUCGGCGGAGUGCGGAUGAUUUCCUCUCGUGUUACUGGCAAUUCAUUCAUCCGCUCUUUCCAGUCCUUCACAAGUGCUCAUUUAUUGCCAAAUACAGGGAAAUUUGGCACCCUGAAGAUAGGCGAACCGCCAUGAACGACCCAUGUGAAGUGGAAAAUACGAUCUUUGUUUCAACUCUCAAUCUCGUAUUUGCCCUAGAGAAACCGUGCAUGGCGCACGCUAUUUUGACCUAA